GCACGACACAAAUGGAUCAUAGAGAGCGUGCUCGUGCUAGCCAUCAAGAAUGGCGACAAUCGAUGAGUUCUACACAACAUGAAGCCUAUUUGGCACGGCGGCGAGCUCAUGCUAGGGGAAAGCGACUAGCCGUGGAAAAUGUAAGUGACCAUGGACAAGAGGCGGGCCCAAGUAAUAGGAAUAGGCUAGCUCCAGUACACUCCGACAACGAGAUCAUAAGUUCAAGAGUUUCAUCCUAUUCCGAAAACCAUGACCAAGAUGCUACAAGGGUGCGCUUGACCCACAUAAGACAAUUAGCCCGUUCGACUACGUCUCGACCGAGCAAUGUGAUUAUUCAGAAUUCUGUGUCUUACGAGAUGCCUAAUGUCACAAUGAAUAAUCACAAUGAGGACCACAAUAACAACGAGCAUAUGGUGAAUAAUCAUGAGGAUCAGAACAACAGCACUGAGCUAGAGAAUAACCCACAGGAUCAGCGCAGCAGCAGUGUUGACCCAGUGCGGCGUACAAGGAGAGCAGUAGUAAAUUACAACUGCGCUAGAGAUUUUAAUGAGGGAUGGGGUGUCCCAUUUUGUCGAUUGCCUGCACUAAGAACAUGUCCAUACUGCAAUGCACGGUUAUUUCAUCGAGAGACCUUCAAUUUGUGUUGUUCGAAAGGAAAUAUUGUUCUGCCUCUAAUACCCUCUCCGCCAGAGAUGAUCCAGCUCUUUUCUGACCAAACAGAUGUGGGUAGAAAAUUCAGACAAAAUAUCCGAGCCUAUAAUAAUGUGUUUGCGUUCACUUCAAUGGGUGUGCAUGUUGAUGAAUCCAUUAAUCUUCAAGGUCGUGGAAUUUAUACUUUUCGUGCACAAGGUUCUAUAUAUCAUAAGAUUGGUGGGCUUUUACCAUGUGAAGGGGCGAGACCACGAUAUCUACAAGCUUACAUAUAUGACACCGAGCAUGAACUUGACAAUCGAUUGUCUGAAAGUGUAGUUUUAGACAGGGCACUGGUUGAAAAGAUACAACAGAUAUUGAAUCACUAUAAUCCAUUUGUCCAUCAAUUUCGAAGCCUCGGACAGCGCCAAGACUUGCCCAAUUGCAGGCUCAUCAUAAGAGAGCAGCCUUCUAAUCAACGUCAGUAUUGUUUACCAUCUGCAUCACAAGUUGCUGCUAUUAUAGUAGGAGGGGACUACAUCAAUCCGAAUGGAAGAGAUUUAAUUGUCCAAACAAUUAGUGGAAGACUCUGGAAUGUUAAAGACUCGGUCGGAUAUUACGACCCCAUGCAGUAUCCUUUGUUAUUACCUUAUGGAACAUAUGGGUGGGAUAUUAAUAGUUGUGAUGAGAAUGGAAGACCUAUGUCAUGUUGCGACUAUUAUGCAUAUAUGUUACAGGUUAGUACAUUUUUUUUUCCACUUUAG